UCCCCGCGUGCUGGGGGGGUGUGGGCGAUCUCCACCUCGAUGCCAAAGGGAAAAGCUGAUUUCUGCCCCGACCUGUGGAAUCAGCCAGGUCCGUGGGGAGAAAUUCUGGUGAAAUGUUUCAGCAUUUCUGACUUUGCUCACGUCUUUCCCUCCAAGGAAAACACAACCUCUUCCCAUUCCACCCCGUGACUUGCUGGGGAAUAGCAGAUGGCAGAGCCUGGAGAGGAGGAAGCGGGGCCAGACUCUGCUCCCAAGGACAGCCAGGGCUGCUGCCAGUGCAGAAGAGCUCUUCCCUUCUUUAGAGGAAAAAGGUGGGUCACAAACCGUGGUCAGGAACCACGGAUCUCCUUAAAACUGUUCUUUCGGACCUCUGCUGGCAGAUCUGACAGCUUGAAGGAGUCGUGCUUGGAAACCUGGUUCUCAACCUGUGCAUUUCUCCGUGCAUUUGAAGGCAACGGAAGAUUGCUCCAGGUUUGAUUUUGCUGGUGGCAAAACCAAGGAGGCCAGAAAGUCUGAGGAGAAUUUCAGAGAAAAUGUUGGCAGCCCAUUUUGAUUGCCCAGGGGGGGCAGAAAAUCUCUAUGUGAAAGAAGUGAUGAAACCACAUCCAGGAGAAGGAGAAGUGCUUGUGAAGGUCUCUGCGAGCGCUCUGAAUAGGGCUGAUUUACUCCAGAGGAGAGGGAAGUAUCCUCCCCCCAAAGGAGCAAGUGAUAUUUUAGGCUUAGAAGCAGCUGGAAGUGUGGCUGGGCUUGGACCUGGCUGCAAGGGCCAGUGGAAGAUUGGCGAUGCAGUGAUGGCUCUGCUCUCCGGAGGUGGCCAGGCAGAAUACGUUACGGUACCCGAAGGCUACCUGAUGCCAAUUCCAAACGAUAUGACUUUUAUUCAGGCUGCAGCCAUUCCUGAAGCCUGGUUAACAGCCUUUCAGCUGCUGCAUUUUGUAGGUAAAAUACAGACGGGGGAGAGAGUGUUGAUCCAUGCCGGAGCUAGCGGUGUUGGUAUGGCAGCCAUUCAGCUGGCAAAACUGGCAAAAGCUAUUCCCAUCGUGACAGCAGGAACUCAGGAGAAACUCAAAGCAACAGCACAUGCUGGAGCAGCUGCAGGGUUCAACUACAAAAAUGAAGAUUUUAGUGAAAAGGUCUUGGCGUUCACCCAAGGUUCUGGAGUAGACAUUAUUUUAGAUUGUGUUGGUGGCUCUUACUGGGAGAAGAACCUCAACUGUUUGAGUACUGAUGGGCGGUGGAUUAUUUAUGGACUACUGAGUGGAGGUGAUGUAAAUGGAGAUUUGCUUGCAAGGCUGCUUUCCAAAAGAGGGAGCAUUCAUACAAGUCUAUUAAGAUCACGAGACAAGGAGUAUAAGGAACAGCUGGUGAAAGCCUUCACAGAAAACGUGCUGCCGUAUUUUGCCCGAGGAGCCUCCCCUCACCUCCAGCCAUUUGUCGACAGCGUUUACCCUCUGCAUGAGAUUGCGGAGGCACACAGGGCAAUGGAAGAAAACAAGAAUAUUGGCAAAAUUGUCAUUGAAAUGCCUGUUUCAACUUAAAAAAAAAAAUUAAAAAAGAUGAAACUACUGUUGUAGUUACUCGAUGGGUACGAGCACUAUGGAUGUUGUAAAAGCAGAGAUUCUGUAAUGUCUGUUUCCCAGUCUGGGAUGACUUACUGUGGAAGCACUGUUAAAAUGAGGCAUAAUGCAAAGCUUUACAGACACAUUUAAUAAAAAAGACUCAUGUUUCUGCGGAAA